AUGAAAAAACAUUUGGGAAUGUCUGGAAGGUUGUUGCUUUCACUUCUUACCUUAGCCAACGGGUUGACUAUGGGAUGGUUCGGCUACGACCAGGGAGUGUUCUCCGGAGUUUUAAUCUCGGAAGACUUUCUCAACCACUUUCCAAAAAUCAAGAACAACCAUAAUGUAUCUGGUAUCACCUCUAGUUGUUUCUCCUUGGGAGCAUUUUGCGGGGCUAUCUUUGCCUUUACGUUCGGAGAGAAAAUCGGCAGAAGAAAAACUAUUCUUCUUGGCUCGUUGUUCAACGUUAUUGGGGCCGUGUUGCAAAUUGCUUCUUUCCAUUUACCAAUGUUGAUCGUUGGUAGAAUUGUCAAUGGCUUUGGAAUGGGUAUGACUUCUUCUACUUGUCCUAUUUACCAAGCUGAGUCGACAAAGGCAAAGUAUAGAGGCAGGUUGGUUGUGCUUGGUUCUGUCUCCAACACGGCAGCGUACAUGUUAUCCAACUGGAUGAAUUUUGGACUUUAUUUUUCAAGUGGACCUCUUGAAUGGAGAUUUCCUUUGGCAUUCCAAUUGGUGUUUCCUUUGAUUUCCGUGCCUAUCAUGUUGAUUGCUCCAGAAUCUCCUCGAUGGCUCAUGAACCAUGGAAGGUUGGAGGAGGGCUAUCAAACGAUUGCUGCACUUUGGGGUAAAAAUCUUUCUUUUGACGAUGAAGUGGUUAAGACGGAAUACUAUAAUAUCUUGGCAAGCAUUGAAGAAGAGAAAGCGGCACAGGUGCCAUUGAAGAAGGUUUUGAUCGGGAAAGAUAAGCACAAAAACUUGAGAAGAGUAAUCUUGGGUUGUGGGACUCAAUUCAUGCAACAAUUUACUGGUGUCAAUGCUCUUGGAUACUAUAUGCCAACAAUAUUGACGGUUCAAUUGGGGUUCAGCAAAGAAACUGCAAAACUUUUGACUGCUUGCAAUGCUACUUCGUACUUGGGUGCUGCUUUGGUAUGUUUAAUUAUCAUUGACAAAAUUGGUCGGCGGAUUAUGAUGUUGUACGGUUCCAUUGGAUGCUGUAUAACCUACAUCAUUGCAGCUAUAGCCAUGAAAGUGUCAGAAACUAGAGAUACCUAUGCCAUGGGAGCCUUGACCGUUUCAAUGUUCUUUGUCUACUAUGUGAUAUAUGGAACCAGUUAUGCAAAAGUUCCGUGGGUUUACAGUUCAGAGAUCAACUCCAUUGGUUGGAGAACCAGAGGUGCUGCAGCAGCCACUGCAACAAACUGGAUUUGUGGGUUUUGCAUUACUCAGUACACUGAUAUUGCUGUCACCAAUAUGCGUUGGGGGUUCUACUUGCUUUUUGCAAUGAUAGUAUUGUGCUACGCUCCAGUUGUAUGGUUCUUUUACCCAGAAACUGCCAAGCGUACUUUGGAAGAUAUCAACUUUAUGUUCGAUCUGUACGAUACUUUGUUCCUUGGAAAGCAUAAGGAAUUGAGACAACGGUCAAGACCUCAACUCUUUAUUGAUGCUGAAGUUGAAAGAAUUGAUGCUAUUAAGGCUGCUAAUCACGGGAAGAUAUAUGAUGAGAAAUUAGAUGCUUACCAUGUGGAAGAUGCAAAAAGCUCCAGAAGCUCCAAUGUUUAG